GACGCUCUGGAACGAUAAACCCUAUAAAUCUGGCGGCGAAACAGCUGGAAAAGUGGGAGAAGUUGUUGGGAGUUCCAGAUAUAGUUCCAAAAUGGUCAAAACACAUUAGUUGUUUCGCAUGCGGAGGCCGCGCGACGAUGUUUGAGCGAAUUUGAUUAUCUGUUAACUGUUAUAGCACCAGAUGUGGAUAGUCUAACGAGAGAAAACAUCGACUCUGAGAUUUCAUCUUUUUUUCCAAAAAAAUCCCAUAUAUUUGGUCAGUCUCCAAGGCCAUUUAAGAAGUCAUGGGAAGUUUUAAAGGCCAUGCUUUACCUGGAAGUUUCUUCCUAAUAACUGGUUUGUGGUGGGCCGGAAAGCAGUCAUUUCUGUACACUGCCCGCAAGAACAAAAGUGCUGGUGCAGGAAGGCUUGCAACCAGAGCUACCCAACGGCGCAUAGAAAUCUUUGAAGCUGCAGUCAUUUUGUCAUUUUCUAUUAUUGGCAUGCUGGCAGAACAGUUUUUGGCAGGUGGGCCUAAGUUUCAUCUGUAUGAUUCUUCCUCUCAGCGCUGGGAGCAGCUCAUGAACUGGCAGCACAGCACCAUGUACCUGUUCUUUGCUAUCUCAGGAGCCGUAUCGCUCACCGUCCACAGCACAGAUAUUGCCCCACUGGCAUUAGACCGUAUGCUUCUGGGUCUUGCCUUCUUUAAUGAGGGAUUCCUCUUUCUUUAUCAUUUGCACGGAAGAGACAUGCUUGACAUCCUCGUUCACACCCUUCUACUCUAUGCCGUCUUUGGACAAGCUCUUAUCUGCUUUCUGGAGGUUUUCCACAGGGGGAAUAUACUGCUAGAAUUGCUAAGAGCCACUCUUACCAUACUGCAGGGCAGCUGGUUCUGGCAGGUUGGCUAUGUGUUAUACCCCCCUAGUGAAGUUAAAUGGGAUAUGAAAGACCAUGACAAUGCUAUGUUCGUAACACUAUGCUAUUGCUGGCAUCUAGCAUUUGCAUUAUUCGUUGUUUCUGUAGUGUACUGCUCUGUUCUCAGUUGUGUCCGUUCCAAAGUGAGGAGAAUGCCACCCAUGGAAAUGGGGCUCUUGAAACCGAGGGAGAAAGAAGUGGAGUCUGAAGAUGAAAUUUUAUGAGUUUUUCACACGCACACAUCCUGCUCAGCAUCCAUUUGCAUUUUAACAUUGUUUCAGAGAAAGACGACGCAAUUAAGUCUAAGAGAUAAAGACACAGGGGAAUUGACACUAAAUUUAGGCCAAUCUUAAUUUCCUCAAGAGCUAUUGGCAGAAGUCACAGUGUGUUUGCUUUAGGGAGCAACAUUGACAGUCUUGCCUAUUAGUUUCUUCAAACAAGUGACCACUACAUCACUCCACGCAGCUGUACAUGGAAUAUAGUGUGGUCACUUAUUAUUUAUUUAUUUUUUACAUUUCCAUCCCCAGUUUCUAUGAGACAUCUCAGGAUCAAUCUACCCCUUGCUGAAAAAAACAAUUACUUGAUUUCUUUGUUUCCCUUGUAUUUUACUUGAUUGUUUUAUGGUCUUUAUAUUUUUAUGUUAUUAAUACAUAUUUGCAUUGUUUCUCAUUGGUUUAAUAGUGUGUAAGUUUGGGAAAUAUUUGUGCCUUUUCAGUAUUUUAUUUGUUUUCACACUAGGAUGUGAUGUUAUAUUUGUAUUUAAUAGUUUUUCAUGGUAUUAUGAAAUGCAUAUCCAGAUCACUGUAGUUUGAUGAACCUUAGACUCUAAAGUCAUGAAAUGAAAGAUGUCCUGAUGUUUCAAUUCUUGGCAGCCAUGACAAUAUCUUAACUGGUCUGUUUUGAAUUGUGCAAUAGCAUUCUUUUGAUUUACACUCAAGUUUAUUUCAAGAUGGUCAAUUGUAUGAAAUCUGACAUUUUCAAUGUCUUAGGACAUGUAUUUAUUGAUUUCAUUUAAUUUGAUUAGAUGAUAAAUAUAAUUUAAACAGCUUCUAAAACAUUAAUAAAUAUUCUAAAUUAAAAACA